CAACAACAAUUAUAAAUCAACCAUGACCGGAAAAGCGAAGCCAAAGAAGCACACAGCCAAGGAAAUCCAGGCCAAAGUGGACGCAGCUACCACCAACAGAGGCGACGGCAAGGCCGGAAUCGUUGAUCGGACCGGUCAAUCGAAGGGCGGUCACGCUAAGUUCGAAUGUCCUCUUUGUAAGACCACCGCACCAGACAUCAAAACCAUGCAGAUUCACCAUGAGUCUAAACAACCUAAGAUUCCGUACGAUGAAUCCAAGAUCACGAACCUUUAUGCUAUUCUAGCGCCCCUGGUGGAAUCGAAAUCUGGUCCUGGUGUUCGGGGGAGUUUGAAGAAGUGA